GGGAAAACGUUUCUACCAGCAGGCGGUGUCCAUCAGACAUGAUGGAUUCUAACACUGACCAAAGCAUCCUGCUUCUCUGUAGAAGCACCAAGUGGAAGCUAAUCUCGGUUGUCAGAUACUUGUUCAAGUGAUGAGGAGUGGAAAUAAACUAAUUACCGGCGAUGAAACUACUGAAAUGCGUAACUACUUUACAUGAUAAAAAAUUAUAGAUACGAGUUUGUUUGUGCAAAACACGCUUGAGAUAUGUUGUACACACAAAAUAAAGUGUUCAAAUAUUUCGGAUGAAUUCUUAGAAAUCGGAAAUGAAUGAAGUGUCAUCUUACGUUGACUAAAACAAAACAUCUAGUAUUUGUGUCUGCGGAAUACGUAUUAACGAAUUGUUGUACACAAACAAAAAACGUUUUAAAAUACAUUCACACGAAUUAUCAGGAAACUUGAAAUGAAUGAAACCUAUCGAAAUUCAGAAAGUGCGAGUAUAAAUACAUCUGGCUUCGAAGACAUUCCAACUCCUGACGAAAACCCACGACUGAUCAACGGAAUAGUGCUGGUGUUUGUCGCCUUGGUGGGAAUUACGGGAAACAGUCUAGUUCUGUACGUCCAGCACUUCAAAUGUAAACGGACGACAUUUUCAUUGUUCGUCAAGUGGCUGGCCUGCCUGGAUCUGUUCAACUGUCUAACCACCAUACCGCUGGACAUCACAAUCAAGACGGUUCCAGACCUGAUCAGUAUCAACAUGGUCGCCGCGUGUAAGAUAUCCCACUACAGCGCCUACGCCACCAGCAUGUCUUCUGGCAUGAUCCUUUUCUUCAUCGCCGUCCAGCGGUACAAAAAGGUGUGUCGACCUUUCAAAGAUGCCAUCAACAUUGGUACCGCAAGAAUCCUCUGUCUCGUGGCAAUUGCCGUGGGAGCAGGGAUCAGUUCUCUGACGAUAUUCGUGUCUGGACCCGAAGCCGUUGAAGUGGUGCACGGAAACGGAACUUUUAGAACUAUCGUCUGCCGAGCAGACGAGAAGACGAAAGGCUCUCCUAUGGCUGUGGCGUUCACGGUGAUUCUGUACGCGGCAUUCAGUGCAGUGCUGUUGAGCGUCGUCGUUCUGUAUUGUCAGUUACGAAGUAGACUUCUGCUGCAGGUCAAGAUCAGGCAGGAUUAUCAAGAGGUUGCCGCGAAAACCUGCGGGCAACCAACCUCGCCGAUGUGUGAUCACGUGACCAAAAUAUUCUUCAUCGUGACGCUGGUGUUCAUCUUCAGUUACAUUCCACAUCUGAUCGAAUAUGCCGUGUUCGUCGGGACAAAACACACGCGAUCCGUGUACGGAACAACUGAAAGAAUAUUGUUGGAUUUUGCUUACAAUUCACCGUACAUCAAUAAUAUUGCUAAUCCAAUCAUUUAUAGCUUUCUGUCGACGGAAUUCAAGGAAAAUUGUAAAGAGCUGUUUUCGUUUAGAAAAACUAAUAUUUGAACAUUUAGAUAUGUGUUGAUUUGGUUAGAUUAAGUGUUGAAAUAGCUAAACGGUUCAUACGUUUACAUCUACACAUGUUAAAAUACGGUACAUGCGACCAUCGAACACCUUCCUAAGUGGGCACAGUAAAAGCUAACGGCCGGGAAUAGUAGGAGUGAAACACGAAUAAUCACAAGCAUUGGACUCAUUCCAGAUAGCAGCAUUUUGUGCAAGAUAGCAGCAUUUUGUAGAAGACCUGGACCCAUAUUCACAAAAAGGUGUAAAUUUACGUCUACGACUAGCACUUACGUCUGUCGUAGAUUUACGUUUACGUGCAACAAGCACCUUAUUCUCAAAGACGGUCGUAAAUGUAAACGUAACUUAGUUGGACGUAAAUCUACGAUUGCAACUCUCACCGGAGAAAACAAACAAAAAAACAUUAGAAACGAUGGCUUCCGGGUAAAUAACAAAUGCGCAAAUGCUUGAAACGCAAUUUUCUUUGUCAUCUGCUAACAAAAACACGGUGAACCAUGGCAUUUUGGUAUUGGUGUGGAUCCGCGUUUUGGUACAAACUUUAGGACAUUCUUAAAAAGGAAAAGAUAACUCAGGAGAAAUUGGCCGAGUCGAAAACAUUCGUUCGA